ACCUGUCAGCAGUUCACAGCUCACAGCUCAAACCGAGUAAUAUCGCCACUCCAGCUCCAUUCCACUCCACACUCUCUAAAUCACACAUCCCGUGAUCAACGCACCACACUUCACCACGUGUCCUCAUCAUUUUCCUCAACAAAACCCCUCUUCAUCCCUUCACUCUCCAAAACAAACAAACAACAACAACAAUGGCAUCAUCAUCAACAACAUUACUCUCAUUGUUCUUGUUCCUCUUCCUCAACCUCAACCUCUCCGAAUCAAGACUCACACUUGACUACUACCAAAAAAGAUGCCCUCAAUUCCAACAAAUCGUCCAACAAACCAUAACCUCAAAACAGAUCCAAUCACCAACAACUGCCGCCGCCACACUCCGUCUCUUCCUCCACGACUGCCUCCUCCCUAACGGCUGCGACUCCUCCAUCCUCCUCUCUUCAACUCCCUUCACUAAAACCGAACGCGACAAUGACAUCAACCUCUCUCUCCCAGGAGAUGCUUUCGACGUGAUUGUACGCAUCAAAACCGCUCUCGAACUUGCUUGUCCAAACACCGUUUCUUGCUCCGACAUCCUGGUAACCGCCACACGCGACCUUCUCAUCAUGCUCGGUGGUCCCCACUUUAACGUCUACCUCGGCCGCCGUGACGGCCGUUCUUCCAUCUCAACAACCGUGAACGGUUUUCUCCCAAAACCUACAAUGUCAAUUUCGGAAAUAACAAAAAUCUUCACGAAUCGAGGUUUCACCGUUGAAGAAAUGGUUGCUCUUUCCGGUGCACACACCGUUGGGUUUUCUCAUUGUUCUGAAUUCACUUCAGAAAUCUACAAUAAUUCAUCUUCGGUUUCAAGUUCUUAUAAUCCUCGUUUUGUUGAAGGGUUAAGAAAAGCGUGUGGUGAUUAUAGAAAUAAUCCGAGUUUAUCUGUUUUUAAUGAUAUAAUGACGCCGAAUAAGUUUGAUAAUGUUUACUUUCAGAACCUCCCUAAAGGAUUGGGGGUGUUGAAAUCAGAUCAUGGGUUGUUUAGUGAUCCAAUAACGAGGCCUUUUGUGGAAACCUUUGCGGCGGAUCAAGAUAGGUUUUUUAGGGUUUUUGCUAAGUCAAUGGAGAAGCUUAGUCUUUUGGGGGUUAAAACUGGAAGGAGAGGUGAGAUCAGAAGAAGAUGUGAUCAAAUUAAUUAAUUCUUCUUCAUCUUCUUAAUUUGUUCUGGAUUUUUAUUUUUGUUUUUUGGAAAAAUUAAAACUUCACUUUUAUUCGGUCUUUUUUUUGCUACAUUCUCAUAGUAAGAUUUAUAAUUAUAAUUAUAUAUAAAAUACUGUUAUAUGUGCAUGAAUUUGAUUUUUUUUAAGCUCAACUAUAUUCUACAGACAUAAUUAUAAUGUGGGAGCUGGUAUAUGUUGUAUUGUAAAAUUUAAUAAAAGUCUUCUUUUUUUUUCUU